UCAUGGUUCACCCAGAACCACAGAUCCUCCAACUCCUGAUCCUGCAGCUGAGCAUCAAAGAGGCUCAGGUUCUUCUGUCAGGAGGUCCACUGGACCUGAAGUCAGCYACACUGAGGACCAUCUGAGUCUCAGGRUCUGCUUUCUGGRGGAUCCUCACAUAAARGUUCUGUCAUUUCCUGUGUUUCAAAAAUAUCCAAUCCAGAACAUUCAGUGUCCUCGAGGUCUACAAGAGAAGGGCUUCCUGGACCUCCUGAGGUCCACCUUCCCCCUGUUGGCUCACGGUGAACCUUUUCAGCUCUUUGUAACAUCUAGAUGCAGAAAACUUGAGCCUCUGAGAGUUAAACCUCUGACUCCAGAGGAGAUCUACAGGACCAUAAAAUCCAGCGGGAACUCAGCGCUCUACAUACAGCUGAAGAAAGAAGAGGAGGACAAGAAGACAGAAGACCUUCAUGGUUCACCCAGAACCACAGACCCUCAUGGUUCACCAAGAACUACAGAUCCUCCAACUACUGAUCCUGAACCUGAGCUUCAAACCAGCUCUGUUGAAGGUGUAGACAGAAGAAGAAGAGGAAAAAGAAGAAGRAAUCCAUUGAACAGCUCAAUGUUACAAGAACAGGACCUGGAAACAGACGAGGAGGACAUGGACUCCUGCAACGACACAGCAUUUGUUCCAAACUUUGAACAUCAGACACCUGAAAAAACAAGAAGAAGGAAGUACAAGAAGAGGACAGGGAAGACAGAAAUAUGUAGAGUGUCUUGUAAAAUAUGUGGAGCCUGGUACUUAAAGCUGGGAUCUUUGAUCAGACAUGUUUGGACUCACAUGGACGAGAAGCAGGAUGUUUGUGGCAUCUGUGGAGAGAAAUCUGAAUCUGARGAAAAGUUAAAGGAACAUCUAAAAAAACACCAAGAGAUUCACAGAUGUUCUGACUGUGGGAAGACUUUUGUCUCUGAAAUUAGUCUGAAGGGACACAUGAUGAAACAUACAGGAACCAGUCGAUUUAAAUGUAACAUUUGUAACAAAACUUUCAUUACAAAGAAUUCUCUAAAAGUUCACCGAUGGGUUCAUGAGGAACAUAAACCUCAUAAAUGUGAUGUUUGUAUGAAAACGUUUGGUUUGGAGUCACAACUUAAAGCUCACAUGAAGAUCCACACCAAGGAGAGAAAAUACAACUGCAACAUCUGUGAGAGAUCUUUUGAUAGUCGCAGCACGAUGACCGUACACCGAGCCGUCCACUUUGAGGAACGGCGCCUGGUCUGUAAAGUCUGUGGGAAACGGUUUAAAUUUCACAGCUGUCUGAGGACUCACAUGAACACCCACACAGUCAGAGAYCGACYUUUCCUCUGCCACAUCUGCUCAAAGACAUUCCGGUCAGCCUCAGAGUUAUCAUUGCACCUGAAGACCCACAGUGGAGAGAGACCGUUUGUCUGCGAUGUGUGCGGUAAAAGAUUUUUGUUCAGUGGACACUUAAAAGCACACAUGACGAUCCACAGCAAUGAGACACCGUACAAAUGCUCUGAGUGUGGACGCCUCUUCAAACUCAAGAACAGGCUAAAAGAACACAUGUUCCUCCACUCAGGAGUCAAAAACUUUGUCUGUAGGGUCUGUGGGCAAGCCUGCUCUCGACGCGAACACCUGCAGGUCCACAUGAGGACCCACAGCGGAGAGAAACCCUACAAGUGCACCCUCUGUGACAAAGCCUUCACCCAGAGCCACUGUCUGAAGACACACAUGAAGAGCCACCAGACUGAAGAAAACCCAGUUCUUGAUACUCAGACCAAAGAAAACCCAGUCCCUGAUACCAAGAUUGAAGAAAACCCAGUCCCUGAUACCAAGAUUGAAGAAAACCCAGUCCCUGAUACCAAGAUUGAAGAAAACCCAGUCCCUGAUACCAAGAUUGAAGAAAACCCAGUCCCAGGUCCAUCUGAGUCCUUCAUUACUCUGUAUGUUGAACCUCCACAAUGGACUCCUUUYGAUGAGGAGCAACAACAACAACUGUUCGCUGAGCUCGUCUCAGACGGCUGAGCUCCUCACACUGAGUCUGUUACAAACUUCUACUUCUUUAUUCGUCAACGACCGAUACUUACAGAAACAGAGAGCGGACGUUUGCUGCAUAUAAUAUUUCCGUUGUUUUUCUUACGUCGUUAUCACGAAAUAUCGAAUGGUUUCUCAAGAUAACAAGUUAACAUUCCAAUGGUUUUCUCGAUAAUGAUUGAUUUUCUUCUAGUGCAUCCCCUCAGCUGGUUAUCCRCAUAUGAAGUUUAACAUUUAUUCACCAAUAAAGUUAAUGAUAUCAGAAGAUCA